AUUGAAAUGCUUUUACGAUUGUGGGCUCACCGGCGCUUCGUAUUCACGAAUUUGCCACCGCUCGGGACUCGCUCGAUGUCGUUCAGUGCUUUUGGCGGCAAAACCCGCCGCGAAACCCAGAACACCCACUCCGUCACUCUCACUGGCUCGUGGCGUUCUUAGUCAGGAAUCGGCGCCUUUCGUUUAUCUUCGCACUAGUUAACCGGCCUCCGAUGGCGAGAGGUGCGACUCCGACGUUCGGGUGAUUAGGGCUUCUUUUUGCCCCCCUUCGAUGGAGGCGGAGACGCCGGAGGCUUCUCCUUCUCCAGCCAUUCGGCCCAUAAACAAGAGCGCCGUCCACAGGAUAUGCGCCGGCCAGGUGAUCCUCGACCUCUCCUCCGCCGUCAAGGAGCUCGUCGAGAACAGCCUCGACGCCGGCGCCACCAGCAUCGAGAUCGCCCUCAAGGAGUACGGGCAGGAGUGGUUCCAGGUCGUCGACAACGGUUGCGGCAUUUCGCCGAGCAACUUCAAGGUUCUUGCCCUUAAGCAUCACACCUCCAAGCUAGCUGAUUUUCUGGAUCUUCAGUCGUUGACGACUUUCGGCUUUAGAGGUGAGGCAUUGAGCUCCCUCUGUGCCUUAGGGAAUUUAACAGUUGAGACGAGGACAAAAAAUGAGUCAGUCGCCACGCACUUGACUUUUGACCACACGGGGUUACUAAUCGCUGAGACGAAGACAGCGCGUCAAGUUGGGACAACGGUUACUGUCAAAAAGCUAUUCUCGAAUCUGCCGGUGCGAAGCAAAGAAUUUAGCCGAAAUAUCCGUAAAGAAUAUGGGAAAUUGAUAUCUUUAAUGAAUGCCUAUGCUCUUAUUGCCAAGGGAGUUCGGAUUGUUUGUACCAACACAGCUGGAAGAAAUGCAAAGUCUGUCGUACUUAAAACACAAGGAAGUGGCUCUCUCAAAGAUAAUAUCAUAACAGUGUUUGGAAUGAAUACAUUUAAAUGCCUAGAGCCUGUGACGAUUAGUGUUUCGGAGGAUUGUACAGUUGAGGGUUUUCUUUCCAAGCCUGGACUGGGUAGUGGACGCAAUUUGGGAGAUAGACAAUUCUUUUUCGUGAAUGGAAGACCGGUUGAUAUGCCUAAAGUAAGCAAGCUUGUUAAUGAGUUAUAUAAAGGUGCAAACUCAAAGCAGUAUCCUGUUGCAGUUAUGGACUUCGCUGUUCCAACAAGAGCUUGUGAUGUUAAUGUAACCCCUGACAAAAGGAAAAUAUUUUUUUCUGAUGAAAGCUCCAUAUUACAUGCCCUAAGGCAGGGUUUGCAGCAGAUCUAUUCCUCAAGCAACACAAGCUUUUGUGUUAACAAGGUCGAGGAUCCUUCAAGGGAAGUGGAUGGCUUGAAGAUGCUUUCUUCUGAUGAUAAAUCUUAUCCAUUGAUUAAAGAAUCACCUUUGGGGGAAGGCCAUAAUAUGAGAGAUCUUGCUGUGGAGCAUGCUGCAGAUGAAGAUGUUUCCCCUCAAGAAGUCAGAUGUGAAAUUCAGGCCUCCCCCGUGGUGGAAGGAUUGAAUAAACAUAAAGGUGAUAAAUUAGUUACUCGGGGCUUCACUCUGAGAGCUCACAGUCUUGAUAAGUUUAAUUAUUUCAACGACAGCACAAUGACAACCCACCACAAAGGCAUCACUGUUGAAGAACAUUCUCAAAACCUAUCAGGUUCAGUUGAGAAUCCAAUUUCUCAAAGAGAUUCUCACAGUCGCUCAAGCGGUAUUCAGUCAUCACUUAAAAAUUUUGUUACUGUAAGUAAGAGAAAGCAUGAGAACAAUACUUUUGCACUAUCUGAAAUGCCUGUCUUAAGAAAUCACACGCUCCAUCUUCCGUUGGAGAAGGACCAUUCAGAAAUACACGCUGUAGGCAUAACUUGUCCAGCUAAGCAUCAGCAAAUUGAUGUCGCUGAUGAAGAGAUUGAGUUUGUGCCCUCCAAGCAUCAUAAGAAUGAACUCUCUGGAAAAAUUGAUAUUUCUGAUGGCAGUGUCAAUGAGGGAAAUCACGUGCUUCAUCUUCCGUUGGAGAAGGACCAUUCCGAAAUACACUCUGUAGGCAUAAGUUGUCCAGCUAAGCAUCAGCAAAUUGAUGUUGCUGAUGAAGAAAUUGAGUUUGUGCCCUCCAAGCAUCAUAAGAAAGAACUCUCUGGAAAAAUUGAUAUUUCUGAUGGUAGCGUUAAUGAGGGAGAGCUUGAGGAGGUAUUGAUGGAUCAGGAGAAAGUAUUGCCUCUUGCUGAGGAAGUUUUAAUCAGCAAGGGCAAUGACAAUUUGGCAGAAGAUCUUUGUGCAUCAGAUACCUCUUUUCUAGCUUCUGGGUCCAUAGUAGAUACUCAGAUGCCUUUGCCUAGUGAAAGGAUGUUUUCUUCUUUGCAAUUUUCUUUUCAAGAGCUACAGACAAGAAGACAGAAGAGGCUCUCCAGAUUGCAGUCAGGGGGUUAUAGAUGUAGGAUUGUGAAGUCAAAAAGACAGUAUGCUGCUGCAACACUGGAGGUUUCUCAGCCAGACAAUGAGGAGCGAAAAGCAAGGGCUUUAGCUGCAGCAACAAAGGAGUUGGAAAUAUGUUUCAAGAAAGAAGAUUUUUGUCGAAUGCAGGUAAUCGGGCAAUUCAACCUAGGUUUUAUUGUUGGCAAGUUAGAUGAAGACUUGUUUAUAGUGGAUCAGCAUGCUGCUGAUGAGAAGUUUAAUUUUGAGCGUCUCUGCCAUUCCACCAUCUUGAACCAACAGCCCUUACUUAGGCCUUUAAGGUUGGAGUUAUCUCCUGAAGAAGAAGUGGUAGCGUCAAUGCAUAUGGACACAAUCAGGAAGAAUGGUUUUACCCUGGAAGAAGAUCCACAUGCUCCACCAGGAUGCCAUUUUAGACUAACAGCCAUUCCCUUCAGUAAAAACAUAACCUUCGGAGUAGAAGAUGUCAAAGACCUGAUCUCCACUCUUGCUGACGGCCAAGGGGAAUGCUCGAUACUUGGCUCUUACAGAUCGGACACUAUCAGUUCUGUAUGCCCAUCUAGAGUUCGUGCGAUGCUGGCCUCACGGGCAUGUAGAUCCUCUGUCAGGAUUGGAGAUCCUCUUGGAAAAAGCGAGAUGCAAAAGUGCAGAUACUUGAACAUUUGGCAGAUCUCAAGUCUCCUUGGAAUUGCCCCCAUGGAAGGCCGACGAUGCGGCAUUUGGUCGACUUGACAGCCAUUUGCAAAAGGUUAGACGAAGAGUGUGCUUAGUUUUGACAAUCCACGCAUGAUGCUGCUGUGAACUACGUAACCAAGCCUUGUAACUUAUGCUAUGAUCCGACCGUCAGCAGCACUCUUUUAGCUGCCAGAUGAUGAUGGAUGGGAGGUUAUUCAUGCAAUUGUUGUAUGAAUUUUGUCUUCAGAAUUCUGGAUUCCCUCCAUGAAGAGGGAAUUUAUUGAUAUCAAAACGAGAGUAAGUGAAUUUUAUUGCAGGCGGGAUUUGUGAUGAUCUGAACGCUGGCAGCAGCCUUUCACCUUAAUUUUAAUUGCACUUGCCAUUACUGUUGUUGGCAGUGUACAUUUGUAUAAAGGUUCAUGAUAUUAUAACAAUUUAAUUUCUUAAUCUCCUUAA